AUGCUAACUCGUGGGCAAAAGCGUCUUUGGAAGUACAUCGAGGAGGGCAGCCUGAUGAAACUGAAGUCGUACCUGCGGAAGCACCGGGACUUGGACGUGAACUUCUCCCAGGGAAAGAGGCAGAGGAGCCCGUUGCAGUUGGCUUGUAGCCUGGGAGACGACGCCGUGGUGCGACUGCUGCUCGAACACGGAGCCGAUGUGCUACGAGUCGACAGGAAAGGUGACACGGCGUUACAUGUCGCCGUGAAUAGAGCUCUUAAACACGGAAAAACGGCCUAUGACGAUCUGGUUGUACCUCUCAGGAAGAAUUGCCCGGAGGCCAUGCACGCCUCUAAUUAUGCUGGCGUGACACCACAGGACCUUCUAGAUGGGUUGAAGCACUCAGAGCCUUCUAGAUCCGGCACAAGCGGCCCAUCUCGAGCUGAUCCAGAAAAAGACUGGCUGGAGAAGCUGUUUGGUGAAUGCGAAGAUGAAUUCUACGAAACCUUUGGUGUUUAUGAUGCAGAUGACUACCUUCCUGUUGACGACGACGAGGAGGACUACGGCGACUGGGCCGAUCGCAUCAGAAGAGAAUAUUUCGCAAAGAAGCACGCCGAAGCUCAGAAAAUGGCCGCCUCGUCAUCCGGCGGAAGAAAGAAAAAGACUAAGCGAGAAGACGGAGAGAGCUACAAGGAACUCCACGCCAGGCUACAGAAGGAACACGAGGAAUAUUUGUCUCGCGCCGCGCGUAAAGAGGAAGAAACUCGGCAAGGGAAAAAGCGUCGUUACGAGCAAAUGUGCGCCAACACGUUCAACAGCGGCGCCGUCGAGCUGCUGAGCUACGCCGACAUCCCCUGGCCGGCGCCGCGCGGCACCGUUCAGGAGAUGGUGGACGUCAUGCUGCACGGCGUGGACCGCAAGGACGCGACGGCGUUCCGAAAGGCGUUGCGCCAGCAACAGGCGCUUUGGCACCCCGACAAAUUCGCGCAGAGGUGCGAAGCUCGGCUGGACGGGAAGGACAAGCAACGCAUCCUGGACACGGUGACCGCAUUGUCACAAGAACUGAACAGAUUGGCACAGAGCUUGAAGAAAUAA